GGGACUGUCUCCGCCCCGGAAGGCGGCCGCGCCAAUCGGCGGGGCUGUUGCUGUGCGCUGCGGGUGACAUUGGGCACGGCCAUGGUGGUGGCGGCGCUGGGCCGGGCGGCGGGGCGGCUGCUGCGGGCCGGGGCCGCCGUGCCCGGGCGGCGGCGCGCAAGCGGCGGGGUGCACAUCCCGCCGCGGUACCGGCAGUUCCCGGAGCUGACGCGGGCGCAGGUGAUUCGAGGCGAGGUGCUCAGCGGCAUCAUGUGGUUCUGGAUCCUCUGGCACUUCUGGCACAACUCGGACAUGGUGCUGGGACACUUCCCGUAUCCCGACGCUUCGGCCUGGACGGACGAGGAGCUCGGCAUCCCUCCGGACGAUGAGGAAUAGCAGCACACCGGGGGAACUUGCCCAGCCUCUGUGGUACGGGAGGCAGCGUCCGCACUGCUCAUUGCCUUCACACACGUAUCUCGGGUGCCUGAGACCAGGUAGCCCUGAUUUUAACAAUAUUAGCCUGUAACAACUGACUUGGUUAUGAGUUGAAGCUUACCUGGUACCAGUUCUAAAUUAUUUUCUUCAUGCUGUUCUGUAGACCCAGCAUUAUCUAACUUCAAAGACAUGCUGUGUUUCUAGAGAGAUCUGUCCAGAUGUCCCCUUAAACGUCUGAGGCUUUU